AUGGCCUCGUCCUCAAAUUCCGGCGACCAGGAGACCAGCUACAUCAUGAGGGACAAGCACGACGCGAGUCUGGUUGGCACGCAUUGCCAGUUUGACUAUUGCAACCAGCUCGACUUCCUGCCGUUUCUUUGCCAGUCCUGCACCAAGACUUUCUGUCUCGACCACAGAACAGAAACCUCUCACAGAUGCACCAACCCGGGGGCGUGGGCAGAACGAAAGCGAUUGGCCGACUUGUCAAAGCCGUCCAUCGGACAGGGCAAGACGCUGCGGGAUAAGGUCUCGGAAAAGCCUUGCGCAUCGCCAGAAUGCAAAACGGUCGUGGGCACGUCCCUCACUCCCGGAGUGCACUGCGAUGCCUGCAAUCGCGAUUACUGCUUGAGACACCGUCUGAGGGAGGACCAUGAUUGCAGGAACCUGGUGCCCGUCGGGGCCCGGCCCAUGCAGAUAGACGUUGCGCAAAGGACGCGGUCUGCGCUCGAAAAGCUCAGGGCUUGGGGCUCCGCCAAGAAGCAGCAGGCAGGAAGAGCGCUGCCGAAGCCGAGGCCGAGCUCGGCAGCGGCUCGCGUGGUAGCCACGCAGAAGCUCAAGAAGACGGCAAGGGGGGACAAGAGGAUCGCCGAGGACAAGCGGCUGUAUCUCUUCGUCGAGGCCGAGGCGGAAACAGCCCAGGCCAAGUUCCCCAAAGGUGAAUUCUUCUUCUCGCAGGACUGGGUCGUAGGUCGAUUGCUAGAUCAGGCAGCGUCCGGUUUGCAGGUUCAAAACAUCAAUAACAAGAGCUCAGACGACAAGGACAAACUGCGCGUCUUCCAUGUGGAAGGGGGGAGAAUUUUGGACUACGGGGAAAAGGCCGGGUCUGCAUUGCAAAGCGGAAAUACCAUCAUUCUGCUGAGAGGAGUUGGGCCGCCUGCGGACCUGAUAGAAGUCUAA